GUAAACUCAGCAAACUGCAUUAUUCGCACGCAAUGGCGCCGCGGCUUUCAACUCCGGCCAGGGCAUUGGCCCAGGGCCUGUCAUCAUACUCAAAUGAAUUGUCUCGACUUUCCUUAUCUCGAAGGGUCCUUGUCAAUACCCUACAUACUGCUACAACAACUCCGACCAGUUCUUCGAGUUUUCACGCCUCACAAUUGCCAAUGCAAUCCGCCUCACCUCCUUCGAAACCAGCAAGCGCACGACCUAUUUCUACAAGAAAGAGCCAAAUGAUUCGAAGCUAUACAGCGCUCCUUCGUUCAUCACCUCUUCUCCUAUUUUUUCAGCAUAGCAAUUUGACGGCAGUAGAAUGGGCAGCUGUACGACGAGAGCUGAAGAAAGCACUCGCCAGCGUACCCCAAUCAACAACAGAUGAGAGUGGGCAGCAGAUCGACAUUGCCGAGAGUAUCAGGAUUGAGGUCUUAACGACAAAUAUGUUCAAUGUUGCUCUGAAAAUCGUGGAAUUCCACGAUCCUGAAGCGGCUGCAAGUCGUAGCUCUACCAUUCGUUCUAGUGCCGGCCCGCUUGUCCACGACUUAUCGCAGGCUGCUUAUGAGUCCAUGCAGUCAGCGAAAACACAUCCUAAUUCCGACUAUGCCCAAAUAGAGCCUCUUAUGGUUGGGCCGUUGGCAGCGCUUGUUUUGCCGACUGUGUCACCGGCGCAUUUAGCAGCAGCUCUUUCGAUCCUUGCCCCGGUCCCAGGCCUAUUCCCUGCACCAACAAGAAAAAAGAGCCCAGGAUAUCAUGAUUUGACCUGUCAAAAUGGCCUUGCAAAGUUGCUUUUAGUGGGAGGUCGAGUUGAACGCAAGAUUUUGGACCAGGCUGGUAUCAACUGGGUGGGUGGCAUUGACGGCGGUCUAGACGGCCUACGAGCCCAGCUUGUUCAUCUACUCCAGAGUCCAAGCCUUGGAUUAAGCAGGACCCUUGAAAGUGGAGGUCAAAAUAUUUGGUUAGCAUUGGAGGGCCGCAGAGAGCAGCUUGAUGUACAAUCAGAGUAAGAUCAACUCUGUUACGUUUUAGCUCUGCAUUACUGCUUUGGGGAAAGAGGGUCUAAAUCUUUAUGUAUAACUGAAACCUACUUGUAUACUACAAAUCAUUUGUAACACCAUAGCCAUCCCUAUCUAGACAUGGCGCUUAGCUGAUUACCCAAAAUAGAUUUAACUUCGUCGCGCCUUUGUAGUUCACUAUGGGCCCAAACCUUUAAAUCAGAACAAGUUUGUGUCUGGUCGUUUUGGCAUAUUAGAAUUUUC